AUGAAAUCUCACCAGCAGCAGUCACAAUUAUCCUUCGGCUUUGUUUCCGGUCGAGAACUCUGCACUAUCCGUCAUACUUUAUUUUCUGGGAUACCGAUCUGUGUUGUUGGCGGCGCGAGGGAUACGACUUGCAAUCCACGGGUUUAUAAGCCCCCUACACGAAGAUUUGGCAUCAACAUGACUGUUGCUGAUCUGAAAUCAGAGAAUUCGAACGCAAAGUUAUGGGCAGUUCUCAGUCUUGACAGUGCGUCUCUCGUUUCUGCAAAAUUUGUCUCCUCCGACGGCGGGAAAGUGCAAUCUAUUUGGACUCAACGUGAUGUCAUUGCUUCGCGAAAGCGAUAUUUCUCUUCUACCUACGUCCAUUCGAAUUCAGAUACAUAUAGCAGCCCUGCUCCGGUUGAAAUUAACAAUUCUUCAGGUCUUGACUAUUUUCAUUCGCCUUCAGGGAAGAAACACCUAAAGUUUACGACAGAGCCUCGGAACAAGCAAGAGGGAAGCGUCCCGGGAUCAAUAUUUGCAGAGGUUUGGACGACCGGGGGUGGUCUUGACAGGGUCUGGGAGAUUGACUCCUCCAUCCAUGGGCCUAUUUUUUCGGAUGAAUGGUUUGGUUCUGGUAAAUGGUCUCCGGAUGAGACCAUGUUCGUUUACACUGCUGAUCGCCCAAGAGCAACUCCACAAGAUGAAACAAGGGACAAGGAUGAAUCCUGGCUUGAACCACUACAAUAUCGGUUUCAUGAAAAUGCACGAGAUCCAUUUGGAGAGGCAUACAUUGGUAAACGAUCACCAACGCUGUUCGUUGCAGAUGUGGUCGAAGGGGUGUCCUAUCCGCUUCUUCAGGAGAAUCCAAGCGAUUUAAAACGGAAAAUACUGGGAGAUCCGAAUUGGAGCCCGGAUGGGAAACUUAUCGUUGCAACCAUGCGUCGGGCUACAGAUGCUGUUGACGCAGAUGAAGGGGAGGAAGGAGUGUUCUUGCCUCCCGAUCUUGGACUGCGGUAUUGCUACAACAGAAUGUCUUCCAUCGUGCUCAUUGAGGCUCCAAGGUCUCGCCAUGAGUUGACAUCCGGGCCCCGUUCCAUGCGAAUCGUCUCAAACGCGAAAGAUGCAGAUGAUUAUUGCUGCAAUUCUCCCAGAUUUUCUCCAAGCGGCCAGGAUAUCAUAUACCUGAGUGCCCCACGAUAUGAGGAUCCAAGCUUCCAAGGUAAGGUACUUCCUCAUAACACAACCAAAGUUUUACGGGCCGUGCAACUGCGCAACAACAAGCUGUCAUUGCCGCGGACAGUGAUAUCAGUACCUGAGAAUCCCAGCCCUAAAGAAUUUCCGGGGCUGUACCUUCAUUCAUUGCUCGCAAACCCAUGGCUUGGGUCAGAUGCCAUACUGCUCACGACAACCUGGGGCUCUGUGAACAAAGUAAUGUUGGCUGUCGUUCCACGUGAAAACGGCGAGCUUUGGCACGAGGUGGGAGAUCUGAAACUGGUAGAUUGGGGCUCAGCUCUUUCACUCGUAGACCUGAAGGAUCAUUCUAUCAAUGAAGAUGACAAUGUUAGUGUCUUGGAUAUAUGUGAAAGUGCCGUGCUGUUGGCUGUGAGCAACCCUGUCAUGCCGACUGCACUUUUCGUUGCCAGAAACAGCCUUUCAUCCCCCAUGACUGUCAUGGCAGUCUCGCAAUUGAGUCCUCGUGCGAGAGCCCUAAAGCGAUUGCUUGAUGUAACACACACGGUAGAUCUUAUUCUGCAACCCGGAAAGGAGAGUGGGAUUGCAAAGGAAUACGAUGCAACUAUUGAUGAGCGGAGUAUGCGGUUCCAAGUGACACUCAUUCUGCCGAAGACUGACGGAACGAAACGCCCUUUCAUAGUGUAUCCACAUGGAGGACCUCAUGUGGCAACUUUGAACGGAUACAGUCAAGGGACAGCUGCUCUAUUGAAGCGAGGAUUCGCGGUGAUGUACGUCAACUACCGCGGGUCCUUGGGCCUCGGGCAAAAGUCGCUUGAAACACUACCGGGAAACGUAGGGACGCAGGAAGUGAGUGAAGUUGCACAGGCUACAAGAUGGGCUCUAUCAAAUCCCGGGUAUGGACUUGACCCUGAGCGAGUCGGUUUCGUAGGGGGCAGUCACAGUGGGUUUAUCGGUGCCCAUACGAGCUUGAUACCUGGUUUAUUCAAGCGCACUGUGCUGCGAAACCCUGUGGUCAACAUAGCGACGAUGGUAGGUGCAUCUGACAUUCCAGACUGGUGUUUCUGCGAAGCUAAUGUCGGAAGUCAGAAUGUGAACGGAUGGAGAUAUGCUGCUGACUCUGAGCAGAUGCGAGUUAUGUAUGAGGUGUCACCGAUCAGUAGAGUUAAACCGAUAGCUGACCCAAAGCAACGACCGGGACCUACCCUGCUACAGGUCGGAGGGUCGGACAGACGCGUUCCACCUCAACAGAGUCUUGAGUGGAAGCGAAUUAUGACGCAAGCGUACGGCGAGGGUAACGUCACUGUUCGGUGGUACCCGGACUCUGGACAUGCUAUUGACGAGGUUCCGAAUGGCGAUGAUGCGUGGGUGCAUGCGCUUGAUUUUCUUUGCAAGCUCUAGUUUACUACAAUCUCUACGUGUAGAUAGAAGCUCAAGUGUUACUGUCGUCGGGUCAGUUGGUUACCGUUUUCGUUGUAGCGGGUGAGCACAAAGCAUGUAGCGAGCUUGCCAUCUUCUUUAUUCUUUCAAUUAUUCCUUACUGUACUUCAUUGGAAUAGUACACGUGGUCAAUAGCAUUCA